CGUCUGCGCUGUGACGUGUCUCCCGGGUUUCCGGCCAUGGCGGCUGGCAGCGCUCCCUGUGCGCCGCGGACCGGCUGCAGUGCAGCAGGCAGACGGCACCCACCCAGCCGGGCUGAGCUCCGGACUCUACCGGAUCGACCACGCUCCAGAAAUCGCCUGUCAAAGAGCUCAGAGGGCGCCGGAGCGUCCGUGUGUAGCCCGCGCUGCACGCUCACCGCUCUGAUCAAAUAUGGGCUUCCUCCUUGCCAUAUUUGGGAAUGUACGUCACGCAGGAGACUUUAUAAAGCCGGGAAUCCUCGUUGAGGGAAGCUGACAGAGCUGAAGUUCAAGUUGCUACCGUCCACAAGUGAAAACACCAACCGGAAACAAUCAGUUGAUGAAGCUGACCUCCCUGCAGUGGCCAUUUAAACACCUGAACCCGGGACUCCGUAGCCCGGACCUGCAGACCCUCCAGCGUUGGCUUCGUCCGGGCAUCACCGCCCGCAGCAGCAGCAGCAGCAGCCGCAGCAGCAGCGUGAGCCCGGCCAGAGCGCCUCUCGGCGGGUUUCAGGAGCGGACACCGGCUCGGCCCCUCUGCACCGUCAGCCCGGUGCUCAGGAGCUUCAGGAGCGGCUGUGUUCCUCGUCCACCGCCGCCUCUCACUCUUCUUCCUCCCGGGAAAUGGCAGCGACCAAAGCGGAGCUGCUCCUGCCGGACCCUCUGGCCUGCCUCCCGCCGCCACCCUCCCCGCUGGACGGGUACUCGAAGCUGGAGGAGCUGCAGAUGCUGCUGCAGUGCGCCGCGUCGGCAGCGGAGGGAGCCGGACUGCUGAGCGGGGAGCCCGGGGAGUGCGGAGACUCUCUGUCGGAGCUGCCGGACCUGCAGACUCUCCCCCCUCUCACCCCCCGCCUCCCCCCACUGGCCUACAGCGGCCGCUUCGCCUUUGAGCCGUCCAGCUCCGUGUCCAGUGGCAGCAGUCUGUGGGCGGAGCCUCUUCUCAGCCUGUUCACCGGGUUGGUCAACAUGGCGGCGCCUCCUCCCGCAGCCUGUAGCCUCGCCUCCUCUUCAUCAUCAGUGACAUCAUCAAUGUCAUCAUCAUCGCUGUGCCCGCCGAGCUUCAGCUCUGUCCAGGUCAGCUGUGACGUGGCCUCGGUCUUCCCUGCCGCGCCGACAUACACCACCACCACCACCACCACCGGUCCCGACCUCCUCCUGCCCCCCUCUGACUCCCAGCCGCCCCCACAGGCCUUCCAGCCGCAGGGCCCCCCCCCAGCCUACCCCACCUCCACCUCCAGGCUGGGCCUCCAGCCGCCCUCCCUGGUGGUGCCGAUGCUCCCAGACUACCUCCUGACACAGCAGGUGCAGGACGGCGAGCUUGGCCUGACUCAGGAUCAGAAGUCCGUGCUGUCCCAGAGCCUGAACCCGCCGCCGGCGCAGCCCCCGCUCACACCGCUCUCCACCAUCAAAGCCUUCUCCUCGCAGAUGUUGACACCUACAGGCUCCACCUCUGGCGCCGCCUACCAAGCUCAGGUCACCAAAUCCAGAGGAAUCAGGAAGUCGUCGGUGGGCAGACAGUGCAAGACGCCGCCACACGAACGUCCGUACGCCUGCCCCGCCGACGGCUGCGACCGUCGUUUCUCCCGUUCCGAUGAGCUGACGCGCCACGUGCGCAUGCACACAGGCCAGAAGCCGUUUCAGUGUCGCAUCUGCAUGCGCAGCUUCAGCCGGAGCGACCACCUGACCACCCACAUCCGCACGCACACGGGCGAGAAGCCGUUCGCCUGCACCGAAUGCGGACGCAAGUUUGCCCGCAGCGACGAACGCAAAAGGCACGCCAAGAUCCACCAGAGGCAGCGUGAGCGGAAGGCCGACAGGAACUCCUCCUCCUCCUCCUCCUCCUCUGCUCCUGUCCUCAUCAGCAACCCCCCCGGCUUCUCCUCCCCUCCCACCUCCUCCCCCUGCUCCUCCUACUCCUCCCCACCUCACGGCUCCUCCUCCCCCGCUGCCCCGCUCUUCCCCUCCUCAUCCUCCUUCUCCUCACUCAGCAUGCAGGCCAACUCCCCCUGCUUCACCUCCUCCUCAUCACUGUCACAUGUGUACACCUCCUCCCCGUCCCCCCUCCUCUACUCCUCCUGCUCCUCUCCAGUGGGGAGUCCUCACUCGGAGCUCCCCUCCCCCCACAGCUCCAACAUCUGCUGACAAUCUCAGCGUUUCUGCAGCAGCUGAGCGGCUGUCUGGAAACUGUUGCCUGAUUUUGAGCUUCCUCAGCCACCGUAGUCGCUGCACAGACUCUUUGAAAAUGACACGCUGGACUUUAAUCUUCAUCAGUGAGUUAAACCUGGAGAAGUGCUGAGUUCACGGACUGUAAAGACGUUUCAUGUAUGAAUGAGUGGAAAUAUGAGUACUUUUGUAAGUGGAACGUGUGUAUACUAUGUGUACUUGUAGUACUGUGUUCAUACAUGAACUUGUACAUAGUUUUUUACCUACUGUGUAGGUUCUGCGAUGUUUGUAUUCUCACAUUCUGGUCAGUGUUUGAUUUUAUACCCAACAUGUUUCCUCUUAAGGCAAAGAGCUGCCACAAUAAAACGUCAGAGUCCA